GGCGAUGGUUCACGCGACGGGCUCAGCUGGCUACGGGGAAGGGAUUGCCCGUCGUUUUUGAAAGUUGUGGUCAUCACUACCGUAACCUCUAGAACAGUCCCAAACGACAUACUCUGUAUCGUCCCGUAGUCAUUAUUGCAAAGUCACUUCGAAGCGCACGUCUAUCCUGUACCGCGGCGUCCGCUUCACUUCCUGAUAUUGCUCUCCGUAUCCCUACUAUCUCAGCACAACACCCACGACGUGCCGCCUCGUCCGCAAAUCAUCCUCGAAGUCUAGUGUCGAAAAUUACUGCUGCCAUUUACGAGAUGCCUCCCUCAACGCCCCAGCCGGCAGAUGAUUCCCAUCAACAACUGCUCGAUCAGAUGGACAUUUAUUACACGCCCAAACCCUUCCGCAACCCCAACUGGAAGCCCAGCACGCGCCGAAACAAGAACACCAAGCAGAUGAUCUCCGAGUCGCAGCGUAAAGAAGCCUCCGUCCUUGCAACUCAGAACAACUCUGGCGCAUCAACGCCUAUCCCUACCACAGGCGCAACCACAGAUGGAGCAGCCACUCCAGCAUAUUCUUCCGCCGCAUCAAGACCCUUGAACAUGGCACAAGCGACUCAAAGCUUGAGUACGUUGGUCCUAGAGCGAAACCUGCAGAGGGCCGCCAAUGGCCCCCCAGCUGGUACGGCAGGUCCUGCUGUGACCUACACCAAUAUUGAGAGCGCCCCGAGUUUACAUCCUGCAAAUCACAAACACUAUUGCGAUGUUACCGGAUUGCCGGCAAAUUACACGGAUCCAAAGACGAAGUUGAGAUACUACAAUGGAGAAAUCUUUGCCGUGGUCAGAAGCCUGCCACAGGGAGCCCCCGACCAAUAUCUGGCAGCAAGAGGCGCAAACGUGGUUCUAAAAUGAGAGGAUACGAAAGGAUAUUAUUCAAAAGAUAUGAAAACACUGAAGUGCAUCGAGGUCUUGACCCCCUGGAUCAAUGUUGCCUAUCUGUCAGUCCAUCCAAGUCAAGCCCAUUCCACCCGCCGCACACCUUUCGGUGUGUGGUUCAAGAAAGUGCUCCGGCUUAAUUGUGGACAUUCAAGCUUGUUCUCCGCCUUGUGGACGCGAUACCGAAACCUCAUCCAAGGAGCAGAAUCAGUUACAGCAUGUUAAAAAUGCUGUGGUCAAGGCGGGCUACUGCACAGGGGAAAUGCUGUUGUGACUGAGGCAAUUGAUCGCAGAAGUGCAUAAAGCAGAGUACCAGAUUUGGCAUGAGAAGGGAGCAAGGGUUAGGUCAUAACGCUGCGAUGACCGAAAGAUGAAUAUAUGAAGUCUUAGUAGACUGCACUACAACCUUGGAGUAGCUCUCAUAAGGUCCCGCGGCAUGAUGCAGAGCCUGGACUGAACAACAUAGAGUGGAACAAUGUCCGGCACUGAUUAUAUCAACGCUGGGCAUAAGGAGCAGGACAUUAUUGUUUUUGUCCGGGUAUGAGAGGAUGGAAAGUUGGGCACGUUCAAGUUGUGGUCUUGAGAAUUUCUUAAUAGUUUUAGAGGCCGGAAAUUGACGAUUGUGAUUGG